AUGAUCCGCUCAAUAUCCCUACAACGGGUCCAAUUAAGGCCUCUAGUGACUAGGCUAGCCCCUCGGGGUAAUUCAGCGCCGUCAUGCUGUCCCCGAUACCCUGUCGUCGCCCGUGCAGUAUGCCGUGAGCAGUUCAUCAGAAGGGCCUCAUCCGCGCCGCCACCCGCCACGAAACCCAGGGGGCCCAAGUUUGAAAUACCCCAGAGGAUGAUCGUCUACCACAUGGGAACGCCUAGGAUCAUGUUCCUCGGCGCCCUGAAGCUGACAACAAUCUUCUUGUUCGGCUUCUUCGCAGUGGUUAUUAUACCACCAUUUGCAUCCGCGGACGUGCCGCUUUGGAAACCCAUCGGACUGGCCGUCAUCGGCAGCACACCCUUCCUGCUGAUCUGGUACCUCACCUCGCCCAUGGCGGUCUGGAUCCACAUGCGCCUGCCGGACAGAUACCGCCGGUCCAAGCACGUGGCCGACAUGUUCCUCAACGACCCGCCCGCCGAUGCCGAGGUCGCCAUCACCAACAUGGGCGCCAUGCUCAAGCCGCGGGUGAGCCACGUCAAGGUCUCGGACCUGAAGCCGGCGAGGAAGCGAUUCGGGCUGGUCAACUACACGCGCGACACCACCGGGGAGAAUGCGCAGCGCAAGUGGUGGAUGUUCAGGGCGGUGGGCAACUUCAGGAUUGAGGAUGAGACCACGGGGUCUAAGUCGAAGUGGGCGUGGGAUUCUCUGGCCAGGCGGAUCAGGCAGAGGGCGGUGGAGGAGAAGACGAGGAGGUCAUGA